AUGUCUCCUCCCGCUGCUACGUACGAACCCACCGUGGCCCCUACCGGCCUUAAGGGUAAGGUCGUGGUGCCCGAGACGUUGUCUGCCACUGGCACUGCUCAGACCAAGCUGCUGGACCAUUUCGGCAGCAAGUGGGAUCAGUUCCAGUUCGCUCCGAUCCGCGAGAGCCAGGUCUCUCGCGCCAUGACUCGACGCUACUUCCAGGACCUGGACAAGUAUGCUGAAAGUGACGUGGUCAUCGUCGGCGCUGGAUCCUGCGGUCUGAGUACUGCCUAUGUGCUGGCCAACGCCCGUCCCGACCUGAAGAUUGCUAUCAUCGAAGCCUCCGUCUCUCCUGGCGGUGGUGCCUGGCUCGGUGGCCAGCUGUUCUCCGCGAUGGUGAUGCGUCGCCCCGCCGAGGUGUUCCUGAACGAGCUGGGCGUGCCCUACGAGGAGGACCCUGCCAACCCCAACUACGUUGUGGUCAAGCACGCCUCGCUCUUCACCUCGACCUUGCUGUCCAAGGUCCUCUCCUUCCCCAACGUCAAGCUCUUUAACGCCACCAGCGUCGAAGACCUCGUGACCCGUCCCUCCACCAACGGCAACCCCAAGGAAAUCCGCAUUGCCGGAGUGGUCACGAACUGGACGCUGGUGACGCUGCACCACGACGACCACUCCUGCAUGGACCCCAACACCAUCAACGCGCCUAUCAUCAUCAGCACCACGGGCCACGACGGCCCCUUCGGUGCCUUCUGCGCCAAGCGUCUGGUGUCCAUGUCCACUGUCGAUAAGCUGGGCGGCAUGCGCGGUCUGGACAUGAACUCCGCCGAGGACGCCAUCGUCAAGAACACCCGCGAGGUCGCCAAGGGUCUCAUCAUCGGCGGUAUGGAGCUGUCCGAGAUUGACGGCUUCAACCGCAUGGGCCCGACCUUCGGGGCGAUGGUGCUCAGCGGCGUCAAGGCCGCCGAGGAGUGUCUGAAGGUGUUUGAUGUGCGCCAGCGCGAGUGUGCCGAGUAA